UGCGCAGAUGCCUCCAACGCUGAAAGCCGUGUAGAAUAUGAAGAUGUAGAGUGGAAAGAGGAAGAAGGUGUUUGUGGUGGUGAAACUGAUGAAAAGGGCCAUCCCUGCUAUGGGACAUUCAAAUGAAGUGGAGGAGUUUAAAAGGCCGGAGACAUCACUGAGAGCUGAGGAAGAGUUGAUGAACAUGGAUGAAUGAAGUGUUGCAGCCUUAGGAAACAAGUUAAAAGCCAUCGUUUAUGUAGCAGAAACAAACGAAAACACUGCAGACAAGGUUCGACUUCCUCAAGGGUGCUGAAAAACCUGGUGACUUUGGAUAUAUUUAAGGUCAUGCUCUUCAACUCUUCCUCCUUCGCCACAGUUUUCCCCGCCCCAACAUCCCGCGACUUUUUCAAUUCCUCCAACUCCACAGUGUCUUUCUACGCAUUAUGCAGGGCAUCAGUACCGAGCAUUGUCAUCUACACCAUGUACACCUUUACAAACAUCCUUGUCCUCUGUCCACUCUACAUCUGCAUCCUCUACAUGGGUUUCCAACAUUGGAGGCGUCAGUGCUCUGCAUCCGCAGGAAGGACGAUGAGCCUCUCUGACUUUUUCACCUACAACAUGAUGAUCUUGGAGAUGUUUGGUGUGUUUGGAUCAGUCCUCUAUUGUUUGAGCAAACCUACAAGUAAUGACUCACUGAUGAUGUUGGGGAUAUAUUUAUUUUGCGUAGUUUUUCCUGGACAGACAUUUUUCCAUGUCCUGACCUGUGUGGAGCGCUAUCUGGCCGUUGUUCACCCUAUUAACUACAUGCAUGUGCGAGAAGUAUCGAGGGUCAGAAUUAAAAACAUCUGCACCUUGUGUGUUUGGCUGAUAUGCGUUGGAUGGGUGGGGAUAGUAAAGCUGUACUACCCCAAUUUUCCCAUGGUCCCUUUUCUUUCAUUGGGCAUCUGCCUUUUAGUUAUUAUUGUGUGCUGUGUGUUUGUUCUCCGUGCUCUGACUCGUCCAGGGCCAGGACACAAGGAUCGAGUUGACCAAUCAAAGCAGAGGGCUUUCUAUAUGAUUACAGCCAUAACAGGAGUGAUGCUGUUGAGGACUGCUGGCCUCGUGCUUUGUUUUGUAAUAGAAACAAGGAACUUAGCUGAUCUUCAAGUGCUGUGCUGGUUGCUGGAUUUAGUGAUCUGGCUGUCUGUCCCCAGCAGUCUGGUUCUUCCUCUGCUGUUUCUGCACAGAACAGGAAAACUAUCAGGCUGUAGGAAGAAAACUGAGUCAGGAUAAAGAGUCCAUUAAGACAGCUUGAUUGAUGUGUACAAAACGAUGUUAUAAUGUAUAAAAACAUAUUGCAACUUAUAUACAGUGUAUACAAAGUAAUCAUAGCUGGUAGUUUAUGUAACAUAUUUUGAUUAUAUGAUUACAUUAUAAAUGGAUUUGUAUUAUACUGCGAUGAACAAUAAAUAUUA